AUGAUUCAUAUUUUUCCUUUAAAUUAUUGUGAUCGAAUACUAGAUUUCCAGGCUGGAUGUAAAAUUAAUGAUCUCUUUGUUGAUAUACGUGAUGGUUUUUCACUCAUUACGCUUCUCGAGGUUCUCACAAGUGAACGACUGCUUCGUGAGAACGGUCACACUCAUUUUCACAGGAUUCAGAAUGUGCAAUACUGUCUGGAUUUCCUGAAGAGAAAGAAUAUAAAGCUUGUAAAUAUCCGACCUGAGGAUAUUGUCGAGGGAAAUGGAAAGUUGACGCUUGGCCUAAUAUGGACCAUCAUCCUGAACUUCCAAGUGUCUGUGAUUAAACCACGCCAUUUAGACGAGCGACCUCAGUCAGAGUCCCAUAGCUCAUCGCAGCUGUCGUCGACGUUUUUUGAUUACUGUGUCGUUGAAGAACAGGCGGCCGCUGUUGCGCUGGAAACAGGUCGUGGCGCUACGAUUGCGGCGGAUGGGGCGGCCCUUAGUGAUGGGGCGGUACUAAUCAUGUACAAGGUGCUACGAUCAUAUUCGAAAAAGGCGGAGCGUAAACAGGAGGUUUCUCGUGCUACUGAUCGUAACGGCUAUGUAAGCGGUGGUGGCACCAGCUAUCAUGGUGAAGCUCGCCACAAUGUCAAGGGUCAUAGCGGUCAUUCAAUGAACGGACAAAUGCUUGCUGUAGAUAAUAGACAUCUUAGCAAUGCUCAUGCUGGACAGGGGUUUUCGGAGAGCAGCUCAUACGAAACACGGGAGCAUUUCGAACGGAAAGUGCAACGUGUGAAGAAAACUCGUGGAGAGCGUGAACGUUCCCGCAGCUCUCGUCGUGGCGAAGAGGUUUCUGAAGCAAUACAUUCCACUGAUGCCUUCUCAGCCCGUGAUGCUUUGCUGCAGUGGGCUCGAAAGGUAACAAGUGGCUACCCUCGCGUGAAUGUAACCAAUUUCUCAUCGUCUUGGAAGGAUGGCCUCGCAUUUAAUGCCAUUCUCCACCGGUAUAGACCAAACCUAAUUAACUGGAAUAAGGUUAGUGAUAAUUCGGUGUCAAACAUCGAACGUUUGGAAAAUGCAUUUGAAGUAGCAGAGAGAGAAUUCGGUGUCGAUCGUUUGCUCGAUCCCCAAGACGUUGAUAAUGAUCACCCUGACGAGAAGUCCAUCAUCACCUACGUAUCUUCGCUUUAUCACGCUCUGCCACAGCUUCCUGAGUUAUCGAAGGCACGUUUCCCACUGAGCAAUCUGACGGACUUAAUCAGCAGAUUGUCUCGUGGCAUAGGAAUUACGAAUGAGAAACUCGACCUUAUUCUUAACCGCAUUGAGGACGUCGAAUCGCGAGUGGACAUGGCUCGUCCUGGUGAAAUCGAGCGCACUGUUAACGAGAUUGUUGAUGACCUCAAUGCUUUGGAGAUACCUAUUGGGGGAUUCUUCGAGGAUGUAGAAGAGCUGAAAUCACACAAUCACCCGGAAGCCAAUGAUUUCUAUCGACAAAUAUACGGCCUUCAUCAGCGUCGCACGGCUUACUUGGAUCGCCUCACAAAUCAACUGUUGGUACGUCUUGGUGUACGUACUGAGGCAUUGAAAAAGGAAAAUGCAGCCCGGCUUGAGUCGAUUCGCACCACUUCCUUUAGUAGAGUACAGGAAUGCAUCGAAUGGGUCCGCGUCCGCCUGGUGAAACUCUCCGAGAUGGAAUUUCUAGAAGAUUUGGAAACGCUAGAAGAUAUGUUUGAGCAGCAUAAGCUAGAUAAUAGGGAUAUUCAGGAUUUCCGUCAAAAUGUCGACGAAUGCAUAGCACGUCAGGCUGAAGUAUCUGCGGAAGACACCUAUGAAUAUUGCGAGCUUCUUCGUGUACUUGAAUCUGAGUACCAACAACUGAGAGAUCUGUCUGCAGGACGAAUGCUUGAUCUGGAUUCAUUGAUUGCUUUUGUACGAGCUGCUCAACUAGAGCUGGUUUGGGUGUCUGAGCGGGAAGGGAUCGAAGUCACUCGCAAUUGGUCUGACAUAAAACAGCUUGACUUGCCGAUGCUUACGAACUAUUACAAACAGCUUCUUCAUGAAAUGGAAUUGCGUGAGAAGCAAUACAACGAUGUACACAACCAAGGAGCUGCCUUGCUCAAUCAAGGUCAUCCUGCCGUGCAUGUGAUCGAAGUCUACUUGCGAACGAUGCAAAAUCAAUGGGAUUGGCUGUUGGCAUUGAGCAAGUGUCUUGAAGAACACCUUCGAGAUGCCUUGAACCUCAAAUCGUUCACUGAAGAGGCAGCUGAUGCUGAAGUAUGGAUGGAAGAACAGGUAAUUCGCUUGGAAAACAAUUACAAUCGCACCGAUUUCGAUUUAGAAGAGGGUGAACGACUCCUGAGAGAACUUGAUGAGAUGAAGGAGAUUCUGAACAAGUAUCAUUCGGUGCUGAUGGCUUUAACUGAGCGUUGCGCCACAAUUUCACCACUUUGGCAAAGAGGAGAGCGCAUUUCUCGUCCGAUCGCAGUUACUGCACUGUGUGACUACUCCGACAAAAACGUUAACAUCAAAGCAGGAGAUGAAGUAACAUUGCUGGACAAUUCUGACCUAAUAAAGUGGCAUGUUCGUGAUCUUUCUGGAGCCGAGGCAGUUGUUCCCUCUGUGGUGUUCCGAAUCCCACCUCCUGAUCCAAAAUUGACGGCGUAUCUUAAUCGAUUAUUGCAACAGUUUGAGAGAAUAAAGAAAUUGUGGGAGAAGAAACAUCGUAUGGUUCGCUUCAACAUGGUACUCAACACUAUGAAAACUAUCCAAGGCUGGGAUCUGGAUACAUUCAAUGCCAUAGAUCCAGAACAACGAGAUGCAAUCAUGCGCGCUCUUAAUGACGAUGCCAAUAAGUUAUUAGCAGAGAUGGAUCCGAACGAUCCUCUCGCUCUUAGACUCAAGGAGGAACUCAGGCGAACCAACGAACACUUCUGGGAUCUGUUGAAUGCCAGUCAGAAAUCGCCAGAACCCGACCACUCGAAUUUGUUUGAUAGUCAGAUUGGUGACCUCCUGAGAAAGUUGGAGGACGCUUGGCGGAAACUCAACAAUAAUGCAGGGAAACCAAUAUCACGAACACCAAUUGAACUCGAGAGUGUAAUAGUGGAUCACAAAUUGUUUGAAGAUAGUUUGCAGGGUCUUGAUGCGGACGUAGCGAAUGUUAAAGAAUUGUUCCGGCAGUUGCGGAAUCCCACACCCACCCAAAGGGUCGCCAGUGAUCGUCUCAACAGUCUUUGGGAAGAUCUCUGGGACCUGUCUCGUAUGUAUGUCGAACGUAUAAAGGUGUUAGAGUCUGUUCUGAACGGCGUUCUUGAAGUAUCUGACAUUGUUAGAGCGCAUGAAGUCACUUUGAAUUCAUUCGAUGAUCUGCCGGCUGCUCUUGACAAACUUCGUGGUCAUCAUUCCCAACUUCUGGAAAUGAAUAUGGUUUUGCAGCAGCAGCAAACUGUAGUUGACGCACUAAACAGGAAUGUGGCUCUUCUGCGGCAACACGUUGCUCGCACUCGCAUUGGUCAGAGCAGUCACCCCGAUGUUGAUAGAGUGGAGGAGGAAGUUCAACAACUCAACGUCCGUUGGGAAAACGUCUUUGCCCAGGUUUCCGAACGACUAAAAGCUGCAGAACGUGCACUUCAAACACAAAUGGUUUAUAGAAGCGAAUACGAUAAUGAAAUGGCAUGGCUUGAUCGUGUCGAAGAAACCAUCAGCAAACUGAGAAAACCGGAGGAUUUACGUCCGGAACAAUAUCAACAGCAAUUGGACCUUCUUGUCGCAGAAUACGCUCAACUCCAAGAACGCACAGAAGCCAUUGAGAAUGUGAAUCGUGAAGGUGGAAAGUUUAUACGUGAAGCGAAAGGUUAUGAUAGUCGUAUGGGACAGUUUCACGACAGUAUAGUUGGUAUCCAUGGUCCAACCAUUAAACAAGAAUUUCGUCGCAGCAAACCUCAACCAAAGAAUGGUGCUCAGAUCGUUACCGAGGAGUUGGAAGCAUUGAAUAGGCGAUUCGCGCAAUUGAGCAGUCUCAUCCUUGAACGGCGUAACACCAUGCAGGUGCUUAUUCAGAACUGGAAGCGCCAAAAACAGGUACACACAGUUUUCCAUCUUAUUUUCCAUCUUACAAGUAGUAAAACACAUCUGUCGGCGAUUUAUGGCGGCGGGGAUUUUCCUAGACGCUUUGUGAUCAAAUGUCGUGUUAAUGUGAGUGGAUUACUAAAUGAGCACGGACAGCGCACUUUACAGGAGGAGGAUGACAAAAGGAAAGCUGAUGAGGACGCUAAGAGGCGCGCCUUUGAAGCGGCUCGUCUAAAAGCCCUCGAAGAUGCGGAUCGGCUAAGGAAGGAAAGAGAAGCUGCGGAAGCAGCACGACAAGCCGCAGAGGAUGCAGAUAGAGCGAGACGACUUGCUGACGAAGCUGAAAGAGCAAGAAGAGCUGCAGAAGAAGCCGAGAGACGUCGACGAGAUGAAGAACGACGACGGCAAGAAGAAGAGAAGGAGAGAAAAAGGAGAGAGGAUGAAGAAAGACGAAGACGUAAUGAUGAGGAAAGACUCCGUAAAGAGGUAGAAAAGGUCAGUGUUUUAAUACUGUGUAACCAGUUGCAUGAAGUCGUCGGCCAAGAGAAUCCCGACGAGUGGGAGGUGAUGGGUGAUCUUCCAGACGUGGCAAAAAUCACAGAGCAUGAAGAUGAGAUGCAGAUGUAUCAGGAAGAGACGGUGACAAAGACGCAGUUUUACGAAAUGGAAGGUACACUUCACAAGCAAACUGGAGAGAUCCUUACUUUCGUAGAGGCAGUUCGCCAAGGACUGCUUGAUCUAAGCUCUGGAGGUGGACAAUUCUUUGAUAUUCAUUCCGGUCGUAUAAGCCUUGAAAAGGCAGUGGAACUUGGAUAUAUUGACGGAGCAUUUAACGAUGUGCUCAAUACUCGGUACGGCAUUCGUCAUCCUGAAACGGGAAUAGAUCUAACACUCCUAGAAGCGAUCCAGAUAGGUCUCUAUGACCCUGAAACAAGGCAUUUAUACGAUAUUCAUACCGGCGACAUGCUUGAAUUGUAUGAUUGGGUGGCGAGAAAUAUUGUCACAAUGGACACUCAGAGGAGGCUUGUAAAGAUGGGGAUUUUGAAGUUACCUCCUAUGGGGCUUCAUAAUGCAAUCGACCAAGGUGUUCUUAAUACUGUUUCUGGACAGUUUAUCGGGAAAUAUUCGCAUGAAUCAAUGCCUAUCAGAGAUGCCCUCUAUCACGGCUACCUACAGCUCGUUUCUCCUCAGCAAAUUCCAAUGAUUGCUAUCACUUUGACUGAUGUUAUCAAGGAAGGGUUCGUGAACGCGAACAACGGUGAAUUUGUUGAUAAAAACACGAAGGAUUCCUUCACUUUGAGGGAAGCUUGUUCGAAGCAAUUUGGCCUGCUGAAUCUUUAUGUACCUGAGGUGGUAAAUACGGCUGAUAAUACUCGAUUGAACCUGAAGGAUGCCAUGCUUAGGAAUGCGAUUAAUACUCGAAACGGAAACUUCACUGACUUGCAAACACGACGUACUUUGUCCCUGCGUGAGGCUUACCAUGAUGAUUUGAUUUCUAAACCGUACACAUUGACUGAAAUGUUCGAAAAAGACCUUAUUGAUUCGACCAAUCACUUCAUUGACCGUGGAACUAAACACAGACACACAAUAUUAGAAGCGAUUGCUGCUGGCCUUUUAGACGCUGAAGUUCGACACAUUGUUGAUCCCGACGAGAAGGACGUGAUUUCCAUAGCAGAAGCGAUGGAAAGAGGAAUACUUGGCGCUAAUGGAAAUAUAAUUCUCGAAAGACAACAGAAGGAGUUCACUAUUCCUGAAGCUGUUCGGGAAGGACUUCUCACUAAACGGGUUCGCCACAGCAUUUUUGAUGUUCGAGGCAUUCAAAAUACGCGCACUAACAAGACGAUGAAUUUCAACGAAGCAUGUGAAGUUGGUGUUAUAAUACCUAACGCUGAGCGUGUUGUUGAUCUCGCCACUCAGGAUAGCUACCUAAUAUCCGACGACAGGGCAAUUGCGAUUAUUGACCAAACACUUCAUGAACUUCUUGUUAAACCUAUUGGAAUCAGAGACGAUCGUGGAGAGUAUAAUCUGAACCUUGUUCGUGCUGUAUCCAAGGGAAUAAUUGAUCAUACAAAAGCAGUUUUCUUCGAUAAGCACACAAAGCAUGAGAUGUCCCCUCGUGAGGCUUACAGUUCUGGUCUAGUAAGCCUUCGCGGAGCUAUUCAAGUGGCUGCUCUCUUCGAUGUACCUCCAUCAUUGGUUGCUCCCUUAAAGAAGGUUGAGCACAAGAAGCGCGUAAGCCAUCCCGGACAAACAGGAUUGGAGCUUGCUUCUGAUCAGGUGAAAGUGACACUUGCUGAAGCAAUGAAACAAGGACUUAUUGAUUCUCGUAACCAACGAUUCCGCCAAGGAGAUAUUGAUAUGAGCCUUGAUGAUGCUUUGAAUCAGGGUCUAGUUGAUCCGUCGAGUGAAUGGAUUGUUCCCUCGAAAAGCAAUGGUAUUGGGCCUACCAUUGAAGAAAAAACCACAGAAAGCAUUAUGGAAACUGGACAACAACUUGCUCCUAAAUUUUACCCUGAUAAAAACAUCGAGGAGUCUGUUACUACUGUCAAGCGUAUGCGAACCACUGAAACCACAGCUUUAGGUGGUCCAGGCGGAGUUUCCGUAUACAGAGCAAUUACUGGUGGUAAAGGAGCAAUAGAAGUGCCGAUGAACGGGUACCACGUAUACGAAGCAGAACGGAAAGGAAUAAUCGAUCUCAGUACUGGUAAUAUCACAUCACCUAAUGUUGACCGUGCGAUUUCCUUUGCUGAGGGUAUCGAGUUCGGAAUAAUCGACGCCUCGUCAAUUUCUGUAAAGGACCCAAAUUCAGGGCGUAUUAUGAACAUAAAAGAAGCGCUUGAGAAAAAGGUAAUCACCGCCGAUGGAUCUGUAUCUCACCAAGGACGACUCUUGAAUAUCGAAAAGGCUAUCGAAACAGGAAUAAUCAUUGUUGAAGCAGAGCCUAUAGUACCUACAAGUGGCGUGUCAAAGAAUGUAAUCCAUAUUCCUGCUGGUGGUGGACCUGUAAUCAGCUUUCGUCCCGUCGGAUUACCUGUUGUUGAGGAACAUGAACAGUCGUGGUCGUUUGAUUCUACAAAGGGUAUUCUCGUUGACCACAUGUCAGGUGAACGUCUAACUCUAGAACAAGCUCUCCUUUCAGGGAAGAUUGCUCCCGAUGAUCUGGCAGUUCGGGAUGCUCUUACUGGACGUGAAAUGCCGUUCGUAGAAGCUGAAAAGUGGGGUAUUAUUGAUAAGAGAGGUUACUAUCUUGACAAGAUUGACAAUAAACGUCUCUCGUUCACCGAGGCUGCCCAACAACAUCGAAUUUAUCCUACAGGCGGGGUUCUUGAAAACGCUGGCGAUGCCAUCCACACAUCCGUCAAGAUGCAAACCAGAACGCAAGUUGCUAAGAAGGAGGCAAGCACUACUGGCGCACCUCAUGUCGAGAAUACUCUUGGCAGAGCCCUAACUCUUGGGUGGUACAACCCAAGCACCGGCAUGUUUGUGCAUCCUGAUACAAAUCGUCAGAUGACCCUCAAAGAGGCUAUAAUAAAGGGGCUUUUCAACCCAUAUGACACAUCUGUUGUUGACAAGAGAAACAACAAAACUUUGUCUCUCUUAGAAGCAAUCGAGGAAGGCAUCGUUGAUGAUACCGCUGGUACAGUAUUGGACACCCAAACUCAAAAAAAGCAUGAUCUUAAUACCGCGCUUCAAAUGGGGAUAUUGACAGGAAAAAGUUUUGGCGACUCUCUUGAGUCAGGCUUGUUUUCAGGCCGUCUUGAUCUGGCUACCGGUAGCUACACUCAACCUGGCGGAGCUCCAGUUCCUCUUCAUGAAGCUCUUAAGAGAAAUCUUGUAGAUCAUAACUCUGUUGUUGUACGUGAUCCCACUACCGGAGUUGAAUAUUCUUACAAAGAAGCAGUUUCUCGUCGGAUCGUUGACCCAGAGCGAGGGCUGAUCCACAAUCAGAAAACCAAUGAAGCAACAAGCUUUCCACAGGCCCUUACGACUGGGUUGAUGGCAGGUAUUGGUUCAGCUUCUCGUCCUCAUCAUAGCACGCAAAAGAUCGUGGAGCAAACGUUACAACUCACACCUUUCGCACCCCAGCAGUUCGUGCGACGCGGAAAUGGUGAUGGUCGACACGAGUAUGUGGAUCUUGGUGGUGGAAAACAAGUCAUGGUAAAGGUGGUGCGUGGAGAGGGUGGGGUCGAAAAGGGAGAGUAUGUUGACCCAUCAACUGGAAUGAAAUUCACCAUACAAAUGCAUGGUGAUCCAUUUGUGACCGAAACGAAGACUACGGUGAAAAGUACGUCUCAAGUUCAAUCGGUUGAACUGGAACCACAUGCUGAGUUUGUUGGAAUUGACAGGAUUAGAGACAAGAGGAAUGGCCGCAUCAUGUCUUUGCAGGACGCAAAAAGAAUAGGAUUAGCGCGUGUUGACAAAAAGGGCAAGCAGAUGACAAAAACGUACUCAGUUUUUCGAUCGAAUAUCCAAAAUGCGCUGAACAACGGAGUUCUUGAUGCUCAUAUGGAGAAGAUCAGUUUAGAAGAUGCAAUUCGAACGGGAAUAAUCGAUAUCCGUCAGUUGAGCUACCGUAAUCCGAAGUCAGGUGAAUCCAUCUCUCUUACGCAUGCUGCGAAUAUGGGUCUUGUUGACGUCACUCUCGCUGAAACAUUACCUAAGGGAAUCUGCAAUCCAACGAAUAACGAAAGAAUUCCAGUAACAAAAGCAAUUGAACUUGGUAUUGUGGAUGCCAGAACAGGUGAAGUUCGAGAUCCUCAUACUCGAAAGCGUCUCACUUGGUUGGAUAUAAUCAAGUCUGUCUAUCAAGCAAUAACGAGUGAUGGUGUGUUUGACCCCACGAAAGGUCAACGGGUACCUGUUACUAAUGCGUUGAACGAAGGAUUAAUAGAUACGAAAACGAGCAAGUACCAUAACCCUAUAACAUCAGAGGACAUCGAUUUGAAGGAUGCUGUAGAUCGUGGUCUUAUAGACAGUGGUACAUAUGAUGCCAUGACGAAACCCUUUCUCCAUGAUUAUAGGACGAACCGUCAUCUAAAUUUGAUUGAAGCUGUAGAAGCCAGGUUGGUCGAUCCCAAAAACAAAACUAUUCAACUUUCACGACAUAGCAUCGUUCCUAUCGCAAAAGCAGUUGAAGAUGGUCGGAUACCUAGUGAAAUCGGCGCAAAACUCCGUCAAAUCGACAAAUUGAACUUUGCCGAAGCUCUUGGCAAGGGGUUGAUCGACGUCAGUUCGAAUAUUUUCACUGAUCCUGAUACUGGGCGACAAAUGACGAUCGCUCAGGCCAUUGAGCAGGGAUAUAUUGACACGGGGAAUGUCGAGGCUAUGGAAGGUUCCGAUGAGAAGAAUUUGAGCAAUAUUGUCAAUUCCGAAGAAUUUGAUGAGAAUUCUGGUCGUAUUCGUGAUAAGCGAACGAAUUUGCACCUUACAUUUAAAGACGCUGUUGAUCGCGAUGUUAUCGAUGGAGAUUCGUUGCUUCAUGAUUUAGAAAGUGGUCAAACACUUACCCUUAGGGAAGCCCUUUCAAGAAGGAAGAUUGAUAACGAUGGAAAAUAUAUUGCCGGAAACCUGAGGUUGGCUUUGAGAGAUGCGGUGAAAGGUGGUUUAGUCGCUUUGAUCGCUUCUCCUAUGCAAGCUGCUCAAGCUGUUGCUGAAGCUGUCAAACGACGAGACGCUGAAGGUUAUAAGUUCAAGAUCGAGAGCUACGACGGUGGUUACAAAGGUGGGCGUACGAGCGUGCCAAAGUUUCGAGAGGAAACUGUGAUUAGAUUAACGCCUCAGAAAGCCGAGCCUUCUCUCACGGUUAGAAUGCGCCAUUCGCAGACCGACGUUGGCGAUCGUGCCAGAAGUCUGAUCGACGACCCUUCAACACUAGCGGAUUUACAACACGAGUUUUUGGCAAACUUAGAAGCGAAUCGAUUCGAUACUGACGAAAAAAUUAUCGUGAACCCUGCUGGUGGUCAACGCUUCUCAGUCCGCGAAGCUGCGGAAACCGGUCUUCUUGACGUACUUACUGGUGAAAUUGUCGUACCUGAUAGUGGUAGACGAUAUUCUAUACCGAAAGCAGUACAUCUCAGUUACAUACAAAGUGAUGCUGCUAAACGUUUAAUGGAAGCACUCAACAUGUCGAUUGAAGAGCUAAAUCUCGUACAACAAUCCGUUCCAUCUCCAGGCGGUGGUGACGGCGGAAUGACAACAAGGACGUGGACAAAAACAAUCAGUUGGCAAGGACAACCAUCUGCAUUGAGAAAAUCACGGACAGACCCACUAGCUCCAUACACCACAUAUUCUUCUUCUUCGACAGAUAGAAUGCAAGCUGGCCCAUCUUGGACCCGCUGA